GAAUGGAUAUUAUUGCGGAAGUACGGAGCUUACACUCAUUCGUAGAAGAUGUCGGAGAAGGAUAUUCUACGGCAGUAUCAGACAUAUAUCACACAAAUUAUCCAGCCAUCGUGUGUACUACCUCUGCUCGACUUCUUAAGUGACCAUGCAGAGCAGAUCAAGACCACUGAGACCCAAAAGGGCCCGACUGAGGCAGCCAUUCUGAUGAUGUCAUUUAUUUAUGACCUCAUAGAGGAGCCAGGCUGGUUUCGAAUGCUCCUGGAUGGCUUCAGCCAUGCAGGUUAUCGUACCCUUGCUGAAGCUAUUGAAUUGAAUAACUUUGCUGGCAUAGAGAAGGCGGCAGUCCACAAAGAGGAGGUUAGGAGGCUCAGUGUCAUACUAAACAACGUGAAGCCCCUGGACAUUCUGUUACACAUGUCUGAGGUGCUGCUGCCAUCCCAGGGCGAGAGGGUGGAGCGGGCAACCGCAGAGCGUGGGAAUACACAUGGAAUUCAAACACUGCUGGACUUCCUCCUCAGAACUGACAAUCCCAAAUGGUACCAGCACUUCCUGGAUGCUCUGAGUAAAGGUGGAUAUGGCCAUGUGGUGGAUGUCCUGGAUGAUCAAAAUGGAAAAGCAUCUGAGCAAAGUGGUGCUGAAGGCAAGGAAGAAGCAUUGGAGGAAAUGGAAGUUUCUUUCAGUGAAGAAGCAGGGCCCUCAAAUCUCUGUGCUAGUGCAGACUCUGUGAAAGAUGGAUGCCAACCAGCAUCAGAUUAUGAGGAUGUACCUACUUUAGUGGAACUGCGAAAGUACCAAAACGAAUUAGCUCGACCAGCACUGAUAUGCAAGAACACGAUUAUAUGUGCUCCAACAGGCUCUGGGAAAACGGUGGUUGCCAUGGAGAUCUGCAGAAAUCACUUGGAGCAGCGCACAGAAGAGAGCCAGCGGAAAGUGGUGUUCCUUGCCAACACGAUCCCACUGUGCCAGCAGCAGAUGGAAAUGUUCCAAAAGUACUUUGAAAACACAGAUGUUGCAGUGACCGGUCAUUUUGGGGACAAGUGCAGCAAACUAGCUAUCAAAGUUUCAGUGCAGAAUUAUGACAUCAUAGUGAUGACACCAAAGCUUCUGGAUAUUAACCUUGAUGAUGGCAUCAUUCCUGGACUCUCAACAUUCACCCUGAUCUUCUUUGAUGAAUGCCACCACACCAUGAAGAACCAUUCCUACAGUGCAAUCAUGAAAAAGUACAUGGACAUCAAGCUGGGUCCUGAACCAACAAAACUCCCACAGAUUGUAGGGCUGACCGCAUCUGUAGGCGUGGGCAAGUCCAAAAAUGAGUACGACGCCAGAGAGCACAUCUUCCAGUUGUGUGCCAACCUAGACACGGACACCAUCUCCACUGUGAAGCAGUAUGAGGAAGAGCUUCGCUCCCAUGUCUUUGUUCCAUCUAAAGAUACUAGAAUUGCCAAGCGCCGUAUCUCCAACCGUUUCAUGGAUAUCGUGUUGGAACUGAUGGCACACGUAGAAUCCCUUGCAGAAAAAUCCUACAACAUUGGCACCCUGUCUAAGAUACCACGGAGCACUCGUGGGAGUCAGAGUUAUGAGCAAUGGAUUGUGGAGGUCCAGAGGAAUUGCAAGGUUCUGAAGCUGGACAAUGAGGAUGAAGAGAAAAGGGUGUGCAGAAAGAUUGUCACCUGUGCAGAGCACCUCAGGAAAUAUAACGACUGCCUCAUCAUAUUGGAAGAUGCUCGGGCGAAAGAUGCUUUUAAAUAUCUGCUUGAGUACUUUAACAACAUGGAUCCAGCAUUUUUCGAUGAGACCGAUGAGAAACUGGUAAACUAUUUUGAAGAAAAGAAGGCCAUGUUGGAAGAUUUUGCGAAUGACAGUGUUGUGGACAACCCCAAGCUGUCUGAGCUGCAGAUGGUCUUUGAAGAGCAGUACAGGUUUAAACCUGAAACUCGUACCAUCCUGUUUGUCAAGACCAGGGCGCUAGCAGAGGCAAUUAAAGAUUGGGUUUUGGAAACACCUGCUCUAGCUCAUCUCAGACCAAGAGUUCUCAUCGGACGUAGAAAAACUGAAAACGUUGUAGGGAUGUCCCUGUCUAACCAGAAAGCUGCCCUGAAUGCCUUUCAGGAGGGUGGCAGCAAACUGCUAAUUGCCACAUCUGUGGCAGAUGAGGGCAUCGACAUUGCCACCUGCAACCUGGUGCUGCUCUAUGACUACGUGGGUAACGUCAUCAAAAUGGUGCAGACCAGAGGUCGUGGUAGAGCAAAGGACAGCCUCUGCAUUCUGAUCACCAGCAACUCAGAAAGUGCCACUAAGGAGCAGAUUAAUAUCCUGCAAGAGAAAAUGAUGUAUGAUGCCAUAGACAACAUACAGAAAAUCAACCACUCCCAAUUCCUGGCAAAGGUGAAGAAAAUCCAGAUAAACAUGAAAAAAACACAGGAUUUGAUGAGACAGAUGACCAAAGCCAAGAGUCAGGAAACUGACAUCUUUGUGCUGCUGUGUGGAAAAUGCCGCAAAAUGACAUGCAAUUCCAAAGAUCUCAGAGUCAUUAAGAACUCUCACCGUGUCGUCAUCAAGAAAGAUUUCAUUGACCUCUGCAAUGUCACACCCCACCCCAAACCAAAGAAACAUGAUGAGAUGGAAAUGAAACGCAAGAUAGCCUGCAAGGAAUGUAACUGGGACUGGGGCAUCAUGGCCUCAUACCUGGGGAUUCCUGAACUACCUCUCCUCAAAACAGAUGGCUUUACCUUUGUCAACAGUCGCACACAGACGAAAGCAGUGGUGGGGAAAUGGCAGGACUUUCCAGGGGUGAUAGAAGAGUUUGACAUCCUGGAGAUGAGCACUGAUGCACAGGGAACAGGGGUCUAGUGACGUGAAGUACAGUGGCUCUCAUAUUAUUCACCAGUACAGUGUCCUAAUUAUAAUUCUAUUAUAUUAUUCAUGAUUUCAGGUGGCAAUGGGCAUAGAGGUGACAUUAGCCUUUAGUAUGGAUAUAUUAUGGCUUUUUAUUACACCUUUAUUAGUUAAUAUUUCACAAUGUAUCAUUUGUACUAGUGUCAUUGUAUUAAUACUUAGCACUGCAUAUGUUGUCUUAUUGACAACGUCUCGUUUUUACAUAUCCAAUAUUUGUAUUUUUCCUUUUUUUUUCAAUCUUGUUGAUCGUUCUAUCUUCUCAUUUUCUGUUUAGCACUUUUGCCAAUUUUCAAUGGAAUAAGACAAACCAAAGAAUUAAUGAAAUUAUUACUAAUAAAUGAAUUGUAAUUCA